UAGAAAUCUAGAGACAACUGCAUGAUGUGUGUGAUAAACAUAGCCUAUACACGUGUGUAGUUUCUAUAACUAUCGAAGUCAUUGAUAAAUUCAUGUGCUAUUUGUUUAAAUACGUAAUUAUUUGAGUAAGGUAAUUAAGUACGGUGAUUAGUUAUUUAUAAUAAUGGAAGUAGUAAACGAAAAUGUUGCAUAUCUGAGUAAUUAUGAAGUACUGGAAGUACUCAGAGGAAUAAAAGCCAAUAAGGAACAAAAAUCUAGGAGUCAAUUAGCAACAAUAACUUAUGAAACAGUUCGAUGCUUAGAAGAAAGUACCUGCAAAACUCAAACUCCUGAAAAAAUUCAAGAAUUUAUGAAGGCUCUUAAAUCAUUUAAAUUAACUAAAUGUGAAAAGUUGGCUUUAUUGAAUUUAUGUCCAAAGACACCAUUAGAAAUGCAAUUGAUUAUCGAAGAUAGUGAUGAACGUUUGAAUGAGAAUGAAGUUGAAAAUCUUUUGCAAUUAGUUGCAACACACUUAGGAGAGCCUGAAAAUCAGGAUGAAGGCAUGGAGGAAGCAAGUUGAUUAUUUUUUCUUUUUUUUUUUUUCUUUUAUUGUUAAUAUCUGAGGUGUCGUGAUAAAUAUUGUGCGAUUAUAUGACAAGA